AUGGUCAGCACGCGCUCCUCCUCGUCGCGCGCCGGCAGCGCCGCCCCCGAGACGCCCCUCCCCACCACGCCCCCGACGCCCUCCUCCCGCACCAAGCGCGCCGCCUCGCGCAAGUCGCUCUCCUCCUCCUCCAAGGCAUCCCCGCCUCCUGCCGCCGCCGCCGCCGCCGCCGCCGGAUGGUCGCACGCGCCCGACGCCGCUACGUUGCUCUGGCUCGCCAUCUCGCUGCCGCUCGUCGUCUGGGACACGGUCUACGUGCUCGGCCGCCCGCACACGAUGGAGAACGGCUGGCUGCACUGGCCGCUGUGGACGCCGUACCGCCUCUACGGCGAGAUCGACCACGUCUACGGCUGGAAGGCCUUCCACGCCAAGAGCGGCUUCACCGCCGCCCAGGGCGCCCUCAACGCCGUCGAGACCGCCAUGUAUCUGGCCUACGCCUGGCCUUGCCUGACGCGCGAAGGCCGCAGGGCGGUGACGGGGCGCGCCGGCGCGUGGGCGGUCUUGAUCGGCUUUAGCGCCGCCGUGAUGACCCUCUCCAAGACGGUCCUCUACUGGCUCCAUGAAUACUACAGCGGCUUCGACAACAUCGGCCACAAUGACCUGGUCAGCCUCAUCUUUCUCUGGAUCAUUCCCAACGGCGCCUGGCUCGUCGGUUCGACCUGGAUGAUUUACUCCCUCGGCAGCGACAUCCUCCGCGGCAUCGAAGCGGCCUCGCACGUCAAGACCGAGUAA